CGGCCACCGCGCCGUCACACUGAUGCCCUUCGCCCAGAGCUUGAAGGGUGAUCUGACGGCACCCAACAAGGGCCUCCCCACUGUUCCCUACACUGGCACUGCGUCCUUCCGUGUGGACGAGACGGGCACCCACUCCAGCGCCGCCCUGACCAAGAACGUCGAGAUACACGUCGAGGACCUGUAUAUCUACGUCGGCAGCUACUUCUCUUUCCGCGAGAGAAUCCUCAGCAUCACGGCCAACCGCAUCUACGCCAUACCCCUCGGCGACAGCGGCGACGAGCUAGUCAUAGAGUUUGACUGCUCUGGUCUGGGCCGACGGCGACGGCAAAGUCUGCGUGUCACCGCCGGACCCUAUUGAGGUUUCGGUCGUUAGCGGAGGAGCGUCCGGGUCGAUGGGGCGUAUGACCGAAAUAACCUCGCCGCAUAUCCUGUCGUGCAUUAGCUUCGCCAAGGAGUGGAGAUUCGACAACAAGAUCACGGAGGCGGUCGCUGUGAUGAAGAGGUACCAGGACAGCCGGAUGGUGCUGUCGGGCCAGUCAUCGGACGCCAGCGCCAUCACUCAGGGGGCAGAGGUUGUUCCUAUCGAGAGCCCUGCUUCGAUCCGCAAUGCUACGCAGCUCUUGAUGGUGCCGCAGAAGGUCAAGUUCGAGUACCAGAUAGGUUUCGGCGCACAGGUGUACAACAACGAAGCGGAUCCCGAGUCGGAUAUGGCGGUGCCGCUGGCCGGCACGACUGAAUAUCUCGGGCGGUGUGUCGGCGAGCUCCAGAGGGUGCGCGAAGGAGGCGGACCGGUCAAGUCGUUGGCCAGCGCCGAGCAGGACGCCUUUCUCCUCAACUGCACCGAAGACCUCUACAUCCGCCAGACGGGCGCAGGCAUCUUUGGGAGCCCGCUCAACCUGGUCAGCAAUCCGGCCGUGUCGCUUGUCGAUGUCGACGACGAGAUCGACGCUCUCGGUGCGCUCGAGUCUGUCAAGGCUUCGUUGGAGCGGGAGCUCGCAGACCGCAACACAGCGCUACAGAGAGCCAGCGACACAGCAAAGACCUUGAGGACGCCAUCGGCAAGUCGACUGCGGCCAAGAGGAGCCUGGUUGCGCAGAUGGCCAACAUAUACGAGUCGUUCGCCUCUCUUCGAGACCACGUCCAAGCCAAGCAGCAGCUGCUCGCCUGGCGCAUGGACAAGUUUUGGAACAAGGUGAAGGGCGACUUUAGCUACUACGGUUCUACAUGAGGGGGCUGGUUAAACGUCUUGAGCACCGUGGGCUCGGUGCUGAUGUUUGCGCCCGAGGCAGGAGUCAACCCGGCAUACGGCAUCGGCGCGGGCAUGCAGAUAGGGGCUUCUAUAUCGACUGCUGUCGACACCAUAGAUCAGGAACACCGCGACAAGGCAAAGGAGGACGUGAAACAAGACGCCAUCGAGAAGCGCGUCUACCGCAUCAGCGGCAGGAAAAGCAUUGUGGUGCA